AUGAGGAGUUUGGUGGUUCUCGCUUUCGUGGUAGCUAGUGCCUAUGGCUGUGGCGUUCCCACUUUCCCCCCUGUGCUGAGCAGGGUGGUGGCGGGAGAGGAUGUCAGGCCUCACAGCUGGCCCUGGCAGAUCUCGCUCCAGUCAGGCAGCAGCGGGCGCUGGAUGCACGUCUGUGGAGGCACCCUCAUCUCCGCUGACUGGGUCCUCACUGCUGCCCACUGUAUCAAUGAUCGCAACAGAUACAGAGUGGAGCUGGGUAAACACAGCCUGAAGGCGAGCGAGGAGGGCGCCAUCGCUGUGGGAACAGCAAAAAUCAUCACUCAUGAGGACUACAACAUCAUGCUCAGCCGUAACGACAUUGCCCUGAUCAAGCUGUCUUCCCCUGUGACCCUCUCCGACACGGUCAUGCCAGCCUGCCUCCCAGACCGGGACUCCGUCCUGCCCCACGGCUCCCCCUGCUACGUCACCGGCUGGGGUCGACUCUCCAGUGACGGUCCUCUGGCUGACAUCCUGCAGCAGGCUCUCCUGCCAGUAGUUGGCCAUAACAUCUGCAAACAGCCCGACUGGUGGAGCGUCCUGGCAACAGACAAGAUGGUCUGUGCUGGCGGAGAUGGCAUCACUGCUGGCUGUAACGGAGACUCUGGUGGCCCCCUGAACUGCCAGAACCCCGAUGGCUCCUGGGACGUCCACGGCGUGGUGAGCUUCGGCUCUGGUCAGGGCUGCAACGUCUUCCAGAAACCCACUGUCUUUACACAAGUCAGCUCCUACAUCAGCUGGAUCAACACAGUGAGGAACAUUUGCACUUUGUGAUUACCAUGCCAGCAUAAACAAUGCAAUCUGAAGCGAACAAAGCCUCAGCUUUCAAAAACAGGAAGCAUAUUAUAAUUGUGUUUUCUGUUGUUCACUCCACAGAUUAUGACCAAAUACUGAAGAAACUAUUCAAGUACGUCUGUCUGCAAUAAAAACAACUAUGAUCUAAGAUGUCUUGUUGUAUCAGUGUUACUGUAAAAAAGAUAAAUGUUGUUUAUCAGUGCUAAACACACCAUUUUAACUUGGUCAUGUAGGCCCUUGACAGCUACAGUAAAUAUCAUCCAGACAUUUCUCUCACCAUUGGAUACAGUAGCUGUAUAUUAACCAAGGAUUAGUGAACAGUAACAACGCUGGAAAAUAUUGAUGUUAAAAUGUCAGUAUGAAUUACGAUUCAGUACUCAUAGCAAAAUACACUUCUUAAACGCUAG